CGCAUGCGUCGCCCGGCCUAGGCGCUCUCUUCCGCCCCGGGCCUGGCAGCAGCUAGAGCAACGGGGACCGCCCCGGGCCCAGCAUCGCCAACCUGCACACCUGGUGUUUGGGCCAGGGCUGGGCAAGAGGCAACCAUGACAAGCUCCCCUGUUUCCAGAGUCGUUUACAACGGCAAGAGGAACAGUAGCCCUCGCUCCCCAAGCAACAGCAGUGAAAUCUUCACUCCUGCACAUGAAGAGAAUGUGCGCUUCAUCUAUGAAGCUUGGCAGUGUGUGGAGCGGGAUCUCCGCAGCCAGAUGGCAGGUGGAGAACGGGGCCUUGUGGAAGAGUAUGUGGAAAAGAUACCAAACCCCAGUCUGAAGGCAUUCAAACCUGUUGAUUUGAGUGACCUAAAGCGACGGAACACACAAGACGCUAAGAAAUCCUAAAGUGGCCUGGCUUGACCGAGCUCCAAGUGCUGGCAUGUAGCCACAGAUACAUGCAUUUAUUGACUUUGUGUUGGUUUCCUCCUUUGGUCUGGAUUGUGCCUGGGGCUGGCUCUGAAUUCACUAGGAAGGAUAGGCUUUGUACCUCUCUUUCACAGCAUCCCCUGGCCUGGGCUGCCUGCCUUCAUUCUGCAAUUGGCCCCAGGAAUUCUCUUCUUCCCUAGUAAAUGACAUUUUGCUCUAAUGGUGGCCAAGAGACUGGUGUGUGCCCUCUUGAUUUUUAAGACUGUGAAAUAAGAGAGAAUGGAAUCAGGAACAACUUGACUAUUUUCUCCCUGAGCCACUCUCAAAGCCCAGCCCUUCUGAGGGAGAGGCCAAGAGAAGACAUUGGGGAUGGAAACAGUAAGGUUUCUGCAGUCCUGCCAUAUCCAGUGUGGGAAUUUAGAAUGGUAACUCAAAAUAACAUAAAUACCGGAACUUUGGUCAGAUGAAUGAAAGGGUGUUGUGCUAUGUAUUAUGUGCUCAGCUCUUUGGGGCUGUGGUGGAGGACACCAGAACAUAGAAGCUGACCCAGGUGCAAAGUUCCCCGGAGGGCAGACUUUUUUAAGGUUACUGCAGUGUGCGAUAAAAUGGCACCCUGUGCCGAGAAGAUGUUCCAUAUUGUGCUGUCUCCAUGCCCUGCUGACUUGUAGCCCCAGCCAGGGGGCAGGCAGCAUUUCUGAGCUAGCCCCAGAGGCCAGCCCCGUGCCUCAGCAGCGCUGGGUAUAGCCUUGGUGUGCCCUUGGCAUUGGCAGAACUGCCUCUGCUUGUGUGCAGCCCAGGCAAUAAUGUUGGGGACCCUGCCCAGGGUGGGUCGGCAAGAGGCAUGGUGGCUGUUCCUUUCCCUUUGUUAUGUCCUUUCUUGGUCUGUGUCUGUUGUUAAGGAGUGUUGUAAAUAAAAGCUGGUUAGUCAUUUUGA